GAUUUGAGCACUGUUGGACAGGGGUGGUCAGGGACAGGUAGGGCUCCUCAGAGAUCCAGAAGGUGCUGCACCAUGAGUGUCUCUGUGCUGAGCCCUAGCAGACUCCUGGGUGAUGUCUCCAGGAUCCUCCAAUUGACCUCCCUGCUAAUACUGCUUCUGCUGCUGAUCAAGGUAGCCCAGUUCUACCUGCACAGGCAGUGGCUGCUCAAAGUCCUCCAGGAGUUCCCGUGCCCUCCCUCCCACUGGCUCUUUGGACACAACAAGGAGUAUUCACAGGACCAGGAGCUACAACGGAUUCGGAAAUGGGUGGAGAUAUUCCCAAGUGCCUGUCCUUAUUGGCUAUGGGGAAGCAAAGCUCGUGUCCAGCUCUAUGACCCUGAUUAUAUAAAGGUGGUUCUGGGGAGAUCAGACCCAAAAUCUUAUGGUUCCUACAGAUUCCUGGCUCCAUGGAUUGGGCACGGCUUGCUCCUGUUGAAUGGCCAGACAUGGUUCCAGCAUCGACGGAUGCUGACCCCAGCCUUCCACUAUGACAUCCUGAAGCCCUACGUGGAGUUCAUGGCAGACUCUGUGAGAGUGAUGCUGGACAAAUGGGAAGAGCUAAUUGGCCAGGACUCCCCUCUGGAGAUCUUUCAGCAUGUCUCCUUGAUGACCCUGGACACCAUCAUGAAGUGUGCCUUCAGCCACCAGGGCAGCAUUCAGUUGGACAGGGAUUCUCAGUCCUAUAUCCAGGCCGUUACAGACCUGAACAACCUGUUUUAUUUCCGUGUGAGGAAUGCCUUUUACCAGAAUGACACCAUCUACAGCCUGACCACUGCUGGCCGCUGGUCACACCGUGCCUGCCAGCUCGCACAUCAGCAUACAGACCGAGUGAUCCAACAGAGGAAAGCUCUCCUGCAGGAGCAGGGGGAGCUGGAGAAGGUCAGGAAGAAGAGGCACUUGGAUUUCCUGGACAUCCUCCUCUUGGCCAAAAUGGAGAAUGGGAACAGCUUGUCAGACAAGGAUCUCCGUGCUGAGGUGGACACGUUCAUGUUCGAGGGCCAUGAUACCACAGCCAGUGGGAUCUCCUGGGUCCUCUAUGCUCUGGCCACACACUCCAAGCAUCAGCAGAGGUGCCGAGAGGAGAUCCAGGGCCUCUUGGGGGAUGGAGCCUCCAUCACCUGGCACCACCUGGACAAGAUGCCCUAUACCACCAUGUGCAUCAAGGAGGCACUGAGACUCUACCCACCAGUGCCAGGCAUUGGCAGAGAGCUCAGCACUCCCAUCACCUUCCCUGAUGGGCGCUCCUUGCCCAAAGGUAUCAGCAUCAUACUUUCCAUUUAUGGCCUUCACCACAACCCCAAAGUGUGGCCCAACCCAGAGGUGUUUGACCCUUCCCGUUUUGCACCAGGUUCUGCUCAACACAGCCACGCUUUCCUGCCCUUCUCAGGAGGAGCAAGGAACUGCAUUGGGAAACAAUUUGCCAUGAAUGAGCUGAAGGUGGCCGUGGCCCUGACGCUGCUCCGCUUUGAGCUGCUGCCUGAUCCCACCAGGAUCCCUAUCCCCACACCACGAAUUGUGUUGAAAUCCGAAAAUGGAAUCCACCUGCAUCUCAGGAGGCUCCCUAAUCCUUGUUAGGAUAAGGACCAGAUUUGAAGCCUCACCUGCCAUUCUGUCUUCCUCACCCCUGCUUCUUUCUCCUGCCUGUCUGCCCAUAUCCUGCUUUCUAUCUGCCCACCUUCCCUUCUUCCCACCUUCCUGCUCUCUUGCCUCCUGUCCCCCAGUCUGUCUGCCCUUCUCUCACU